AAUGUCGACGUAGCCAAAUUCAAACAGAGAACAUAGAAAGUUACUUACCACUGAGCAUUAACACCUUAGCAGGAAAAAAGGCUAGACCAUCUUUCUUUUUUUUGCCUUUGUCCCACUUUACAUUUAUCCAUCCAUCUUCAUCAUCUAGUCUGGGGCACUGUGUGAUCAUUUCCGAAGAUGUACAUUGCUGGUCUUCAGUAGUCAUCCAGUCAAUUUUCCCAACUUCCACGGACUUGUCCUUGAAGUAGUAUAUGGCAAAUGCCAUUGUGACGCAGAAUAACUGUUCGUGUGUGCCAACCGCCGAAGAUUCUCCCUCCAAAGAUGCUCAACCGUCUAAUUGCGCGCGAACAGGUCAAAUGACCUUGCUCUCGCGAGAUGUGCGGGACUGCGACGAAAACAAUUGUGGGAAGCAUGAAAAACGCGCGAGAUUCUCUCUGCAUCGCUAGCUGCUGUGUAACAGAGGCGAGAAAAUGGCGAAACGUUCAGGACGGUACAAACGAUACUUGGAGAACGAUACAGAAAUAAUCCCAAGGCGAACCAAGUUCAGAUGGAAUGCAAAAGUAAGUAACAUUUAUUAUUGAUAUACAGACAUUAAAAUACUACACACAUGACUUUAGACAGACAUAAUAAAUUAAAAUUUGUUAUUUAUGACGUGCUGCACAGCAUAAGUUAUAAUUACCAUUAUUUCUUAUUAUUUAAUCAGUAAUAUUAACCUUGGGGAAAGAAAUUACUAUAUUUUUUCCCUAACAUUCUGUCUUUCCUUGUCUACAAGUAGAACUACAAUGAAAAUGGUCCAAGAAAUACUGGAGGUGACAGUAACACUUCCAACAGUGAAAAUGAAAAAAUGGGCAAUGAGCACUUCGAGAAGGACAUUCAAGAGCCUUUAGACAUUGAGGAUGACGGAGUAAACACAGAAGAUGAUCUGGUUAAUGCAUCCAGCAGUGAAGUGGACAAUGAAAACUCCACAACUAGCCUUAUGGGUACUGACAUUCAAGAGAACAACAUUGAAGAUGACAUGAGCAAUGCAUCCAACAGUGAAGAUGAUGAUGGUGCAGUGGACAAUGAAAACUCCUCCACAAGUAGCCUGUUUGGUGCUGACAUUCAAGAGUAUGAGGAAGACCUGUCAGAUUCUGAAGGAAGUAUGCUUCAUGCUACCAGGAGUGAAGCUGGAAAUGAUGGGGACAGUGAAAACAUGAUGGAGGACAAUACUGGUGGAGGAAGCACCUCAGAAUUUUCAGUGGACAACGAAGAUAGAGCUGAUGCUGGUGACAAGCCCUUGUAUCCUGGGGCACAUCUUUCUAAAGGAGAAAGUAUAUUGAUGCUGAUGUCCUAUUUGUUACGACAUAAUUUAACCGGUGAAGCAUUUACUCACUUACUGGAAAUGUUUAACAUAAUGUUUCCAGGUCUUAUCCCAUCUUCAUAUUACCUUUUCCACAAAGAAUUUGGAAGUUCAUCCAAAUUUGAAGUUCACUUUUAUUGUGAAAGCUGUUCAAAAUACCUUGGCAUUAGAGCAGAGUGUCCCUUUCAGUGUGACUCUUGCAACACAGUAUUUGAUGCCAGUGCAAAUCUAAAGAAUGGUUUUUAUUUUCUUGUGUUGCCCCUGUAUGCCCAAAUUCAGCAACUUCUGCAAGAACACAGUGUCAGUCUUAAUGAAAAAACUAGAACCUCUGGGGUUCUCUCUGACAUACAGUCUGGUGAAGAGUAUCAAAAGUUACAUGACAGUGGAGUUCUUGGAAAAGAUGACUUGACACUAAUUUGGAAUUGUGAUGGUGCACCAGUGUUCAAAAGUUCUAAAUGCAGUAUUUGGCCUAUUCAGUGUCAGGUAAUUGAACUGAAACCAGAAGUGAGAAAAAAGCACAUUUUGAUGUCAGCGUUAUGGUUUGGACCAAGUAAACCGUCCAUGUUAACAUUACUAACACCCUUUGUUAAAGAAGCCUCUUUAUUAGAGACUGCAGGUAUCGAGUGGCAAGACAUACAGGGGAACUGUCAUGUUUCUAAAGUGUUUGUGCUGGUUUGUAGCUCUGAUUCGAUGGCUCGUCCAUUGCUUCGUAACACGAAGCAGUUCAAUGGUUUUUAUGGUUGUGAUUUUUGUUAUCACAAAGGUGGUAAAUCCUAUCCAUAUGAUCGACCUGAACCCCCGCUUCGAAAUGAGAGAGAUCAUUUUAGUCAUGCGAUGUCAGCUUCAGAUAAUGAGCCAGUGUUUGGCGUCAAAGGGCCAUCUCCAUUAAUGAAGCUUUGCCACUUCCAAAUGAUAAAUGGUUUCAUUCCUGAAUAUCAACAUAAUGUGUGUCUUGGAGUCACUCGGCAACUGUCCACACUGUGGUUUGAUACGGCAAACAGUGAAGCUGCCUGGUACAUUGGCAAACAGAUCAAAGAGGUUGAUUUGCGACUUGUAAAAAUAAAACCUCCUGUUGAGAUAACCAGGACACCAAGGUCAAUGAGUGAACGGAAGUUCUGGAAAGCUUCAGAAUGGCGAGCAUUUCUUCUUUUCUAUGCUCUGCCUGUCUUGAAAGGCAUACUCCCUGCCAGAUUUUGGAAUCAUUUGUUCCUUUUGGUGUUUGGCAUAUAUACAUUGCUUCAGGAUAAGAUCAAAACUAGAAGCGUCUUGAUGUCAGAACUGGCUCUUAAAAAAUUUGUCAUUGAAUUUCAAAGAUUGUAUGGGAAACAUCACAUGACUUUCAACAUACACUUACUCACACAUGUUACACAAAUUGGAAGGGGGCUGUAA